AUGCAAGAAAAUAAACGAGCUAUUCGACGAGCUAGACGUGAACUUGAACGUGAAAAAAAUCGUUUAAAUAAUGAAAAAACACGAAAUGAGAAUGAAAUUCGAAAAUUAGCUGCUAAAGGCGAACAGAAAGCUUUACGAACAUAUGCAAAAAAUAUUGUUAAUCAACGAAAUCAAAUAAAUAAAUUAGGUGCUAUGGAUGCAACAUUAUCAACACUUGAAUCUGAAGCAUCAUCAAUGAAUGCUCAAAUGACAAUGGCUAGUGUUAUGGUUAAAACAACAAAAACAUUAGCAAGAUUAAAUCGAAUGAUGCCAUUACAAGAUUUUCAAAAAACAAUGCAAAUGUUUGAACAAAAUAUGACUGCUAAUAAUAUAAAACAAGAAAUGAUGAAUGAUGCUAUGGAUGCUGUUUUUGAAGGUGAUGAAGAUGAAGAAGCAACUGAUGAACUUGUUGAUCAAGUACUUAAUGAACUUAAUAUUAAUAUUGCUAAUCAAAUUCCUACCGCACAAAAUGGUGCUUUAGCAAGUCGUGUAGCUAAUCCUGGUCAAGGUCAACAAGCACAAGCAAUAUCAACUGCUGAUGCUGAUUUAGAAGCUCGUUUAGAAGCUUUACGACGAAAUUAA